AUGAAAUCAUUAUCAAGUGAUAGUCCAAUUACACCCUUAACUGAAAAGUCCAUUGUUAUAACUGACAAUAAUAACCAAGAUUAAUUUUAUCCUAUCAUCCAAUAAAAUCAUUUAAUAUAUCAAAAAGUAUAAUAAAAUCAAAACAGCUUACUAAAUCCAAUGAAUUUUGACACUUAAACCAAAAUCUAUAUCAUAAAUUAAAUUCUGAAUAUUAAGACCUAAUCUAGAGGAAGAACAAAUUAAGAAAUAGUUAUGGAUAAUAGUAAUUGUAACUAUGUUCAUUCAAACCAAGAAUUAGUCAAAAAAAGUAUAGAUAUGAAGUCCAAAGAUGUGUCAAAACCACUUUAUUUGUAACCAAAAAAGCAUUACAUCCAAGAAUGCUCUGAAUCCCUUUAGACUCAACAAUCCUCUAAUAGAAAAUCAAGAAGAAUUCAAAUAAAAAGAAUCUCUUUUGAGAAAGACUAAGUCAGAAUAAACAAAGUGUACCAUAAAAUCCAGAAAUUCAAAUUAAACCAACUCAAAAGAUUAAUCCAAAAUAAACAAAAUUGUAAAUAGACUCUACAAUCAAGCCUUUUUGCCAAAGAAAUUAGAUAACAUAGCAAUAGCAAAUGGUUUUUUAAGAGGGAGCCAUAAUGAAAAACAUGUGAUUCAUUACUUUUUUAGAGAAUUCUAUCAAGUUUUGAGUAUAGCAACGUGUGAAACCUUUAAAGAUUUACAAUCCUAAUAUAAAUUAACCUAUUAGUUCCAAUUUGAAAGCGAUUUUAUGCUUGUUAUCCUUUGAUGAGUGGUUAUCAUCCUAGAGAUUUGGGAUUUGCCCCCAAAUAGACGAUUAUAGUUUGAAAUAUUCUAAAGUCUCAAAUGCCCAACGAUUUUAAUUUAAUUUUGUCAAGGAAUUUACUAUGUUUUCUGUUAUGUGUCUAAGGUUAUCCUAAUGAAAUAAAUCAAUUUCGAAAUUAUGAAAAUUAAUAAAAAAUUAAAUUUCCUGUUUAAUUUAAUAAUGGAAUAACUAUAUUCAUGGAAACUUAAGAGCCUAUACUCCAUAUCUAUUAUUAUAGAAAUAUUGAAUCUUAAAUGUGAAUCACUUGACUUAUAAAAAAAAUCAUCUAUAUUAAGAUGCAAACACUUCUUUUAGGACUACUAAGCAAACUUAAAUGUUGGCAACUUAGCAUCAAAAAAGAGUGGCUUCUGAGAUUUAACAUUAAAAUAAAACUUUAAAUGAUUGCGACCAAAUCUAUAACAAAAAGAAUUAAAAAUCGAUUGAACAAUAGGAAAGAAUCAACUAAGAGCAAUGUAACUUUAAUCCUUAAGUCAAUGAGGCUCAAGUGAAAUCGAUUGCUGUGAAGUAAAAUGAUACUGCUUCAAAAUUGGCUACUUAACUCAUUGAGAAAAACAAGAUAGACAAAGAGUCAUUAAUGAACCUUAUAAAAUUAAUCUAGCAGCAGUUAGCAAAUACGUAAAAUUGA